GUGUAAAAUUGUACAUGUAGAUCUAAUCAGUAUGAGAGUUUCAUCAAGUAGACUAAGAGCCAGCUACUCAGACUAAAGAGACUACCAUGCAUCCUGGUAGACCUACAGCUAGUGGCAGUGAAGGAAUGUCUACUGAGAAGCUGCAGAGAAUGGAGGCAAACAGAAGAAGAGCUCAAGCCAAACUAACAGCCAAGAGAGUGGCUCCACCCCACACUGGUGUGCCUCCUGCAAAGAGACAUGCUUACACGUACACUACGUCUGCAGCUACUACAUCAAAGACGGCAUCUACGUUCCCUAGUUCGAGUUCCUAUGACAAUGUUAGAUCUCACCCUAAUUCUGCUGAAGCUAGAUAUAUCUAGCUCAAGUUCCAGUGCAGGAUAUCAAGUACAAGAAUCAAAAUGGUCUAAUCCUCUAAUAUCACACCAAGGAAGCUCCAGCAGCACAAAGACGCUCUAAUUACCAAGAACAGGAACAUUACACAAUGAACUCCCAUCAUCAAUGACAUCUCAAACUGGUCUCCAACAACCACCAUUUUAUUCCAAACCAUCCACUUCUCAUUUAUUUUGUCUACAUUGUCCCAUAACUCUCCUCCGAAAUUGGCACCUAAUAAAGCAGUUCCAGUAAAUUCGAGAAUUCCUCCGUUCUACUCUAAGCCACCUCUAAAUGCACCUCAUCUCGUCACCUCAGUACCGGAUGCUUCCAUUAAAGUAGCAUCAGCGAUGAGCCGCAAGCCGUCACCAUCACUACCGCCUGACCACCCUCCCCCUGUGAAGUGUACCCAGCUGAGAGACAAGAAGAAGGCACAGGUUUGUAUUGUGUCCAGGACAAGGCUGGAGGUCAAGGUGCAGUACGAUCAUGACCUCAUCGAGAUAUUCAAGAAGAUGCCUACAAGAGCUUACAAUACCAAAACGUCAUUAUGGAGCUUUGGAAUAGAAGACUACAAUUCACUGGUUAAAGCUAUCCAGAGCAGCUGCAAGCAUGUGGAGUUGGACCUCAUACCCAGACCUGUCGUAAACCUGUUCCUAUCACAGCUACAGACCCAGCCCCAUUCCAUACAGGCCAAAUCCCAUCCCAGUGUCAUUGACUGGAGCAGGAUCGAGACAAAGUUGAGCACCGCUCUGAUGGAGUUAGUUCCAAAAGAAGGAGUGGAAUACUCGAUCAAGCGUGAUGACCGAGUGUUGAUAGCUGAUGAUAUGGGACUAGGCAAGACACUUCAGGCCAUAGCCGUUAUGUCCUACUACCACUCUGAUUGGCCCCUCCUCGUAGUGUGCCCCUCGUCAGUGAGACUCACCUGGGCUGAGGCAUUCAAACGAUGGAUUCCUUCACUGGUGGACGCUGAUAUUAAUGUCAUCCUAACAACAAAGGGGUGUGGCUCGUUCUGCCUCGUGAAUAUCAUUAGCUAUGACUUGCUGGUCAGGAUGAGCAAGGACAUCACAGAGCACAGAUUCUCAGCCAUCAUUGCGGAUGAGUCUCACUUUCUCAAGAACUAUCGCACUGCUCGCUCCAAAGCAGCCAUUCCAGUCAUCAAGAGUGCUCGGAGGGCUGUCCUGUUGUCAGGGACACCCGCCCUCUCCCGACCCAUUGAGCUGUACACACAGAUCACUGCAGUGGACAAGAACUUCAGACUAGUGUCCCACACCCAGUUCGGACUGAGGUACUGCAAUGGAGUCAAGAGUCAGUUUGGAUGGGACUUCAGUGGUGCUUCCAACAUGUCAGAACUGCAGCUGUAUCUAGAAGACUCCAUCAUGAUCAGGAGGAUGAAGUCUGAAGUUCUCGAUCAACUUCCUUCUAAAACAAGGAAGAUGGUGUUGUUGGAUCUCUCGUCACUAAAGGGAGGCAGCAAAGAAUGGAAAGACUAUAAAAGACAACUCAACGAUGCUGGCAAACUGAAAAAGCUUGAGCGACGGACCGCCCUCCUCCCUCUGUUUGAUGUGACGGGCAAGAUGAAGCUGCCGGCAGUGAAGGACUAUAUCCUGGACAUGUUGGAGGGUGGUAGGAAGAUCAUCGUGUUCGGCCAUCACGUGUCUGUACUGAAUGGUCUCUGUGAGGCUUUGGACAAGAAGGCCAUCAUCUACAUUCGUAUUGACGGCAAGACCCCAGCUGAUAUGAGACAGGCCCUGUGUGAUCAGUUCCAGCACAGCGAGCAGUGUCAAGUGGCCGUACUCUCCAUCACCACGGCUAAUGCUGGACUCACCCUCACUGCUGCCUCCACUGUCAUCUUUGCUGAGUUGUUCUGGAACCCAGGAAUACUGGUACAGGCUGAGGACAGGGCGUACAGAAUAGGCCAAAAGUCUUCAGUCAACGUCCAUUACCUCAUUGCGAAGGACACAGUGGAUGACUGUAUAUGGCCCUUGAUUCAGAACAAGCUGUCAGUGUUGAGUCAAGCUGGUCUGGCUAAAGAUGACUUCUCCAGUGCAGAGAGCGCAGUACUCACAGCCAAGGAUGCAACACAAAAGACUCUGAUGGACUGUUUUGGAGAUUUGGUAUCAAAGUCUGAAAUGGACCAGCUAUCAAACUUUGACGAUACAUUGGAACUAGACACACCAGGUACUAGUGUGUCAUAACGUUAUAGUACCAUACCACAGUCACUCAUUUAAUCGCUACUUUAUUUAUUACUGCUUCACUGGAAUUCUUUUAUUAAUAUCGCUCAAUUUCUGUAGUCGAAGUUUCAAAGUUCAAUGAUUUUUGGCAUUGCUUUUAUAUCGAAAAGUUCUUAUGGAAUCAUU